AUGGAAAUUAAAAUUAAAGUGAAGGAUAAUGAUGGACAACCUGUUUGUGAAAAGGAAAGGAUUACUUUAAAAAUGAACGAUGAUAGGGUUGUGGCUUUGUUAGACUCGUCUAGUGUGAUUGCCGACUUUUUCCUUCCUUUUAUGAUUGAAAUUGAUGAAACUACAAAUUGUGAAUUUGAUUCAAACUCGUCUACAAUAUUUAUUAAAUGUAAAGUUAAUUUUAAUUGUGAUAAAGAAAUAUAAAAGAUAAA